AUUUUGUGAUUUGUCAUAAUAAGUGUAACAAGUUUCACUUUUAUCUUUUACCAAUUUAUGACAUACUGGAUCUUGUUAAAAAGUACUUUUAACUAUACAUAUUUACGUUUUGAUAGUUUUGUCACCCUUCAAUUGUCUUGUUUGUAUUUAGAUUAGACGAAGCUUCUAGUGUUUCGCAUUAAUUGAAAUUUUUGUGCCACUAACUUAUCCGUAUACUUAACUAAACCAUUCAUUAUUUACACAGCUGUGUGGCUCAUACUGGACGAAUUUUCGUUAACAGCACGUUAUGGACAUGCUAGGUGCAACAGAGGAUAAGAGACAAGUGCCACCAAUGUUGCAAAAGGUUCUUCGUUAUGAUGUACAAGUUACCAAGAAAUUUGUUGAACUAGCUCUCAAGACAACAGCUUUAAGAUCUUUACGGAAUCAUGCUAAGUUUUUGGAGAUAUCAUGCCAUGGUAUUGUUUGGCUGGCCAGUUGGCUCACUUUUAUAUGGCUAUUUAAUAACAAAGACUUGUAUCAGCUUCAAGUUAACAUGUUAAUUGCUCUCAUCUUGGAUAUUGUUGUUGUAGCAGUAAUAAAAGCCUUCGUAAGAAGACGUCGACCUAUCCCAAUGAACAAACUCUUAGCUGUUGGACCUGACAAAUACUCUUUCCCAUCAGGUCAUGCAAGCAGAGCGGUCAUGGUUGUCUUCAUUCUUUCGUAUUUGAACCCCGUAUCUAUUAUAUUCUUACCUCCACUGUUUGCUUGGGCUUGCGCUGUGUCAAUUUCAAGAGUUCUACUGGAACGGCAUUAUAUUCUUGAUGUUAUAGGAGGUGUUGGUAUUGGACUGUUAGAGGGUUUAGUUAUGUCUUUAAUUUGGCUCUCUCAGAGUACGUCAGCCAGCAUUUUGUCCACCUUAUCGGAUGAGAAAUUAGAUGGAGGAGAGUUUCAUGUGUAAAAAUUAAAAAAAAUUGUGUUCCUUUAUCAAAGAUUUUACCAAAAAUGUAAAAGUAUUCUGUGUUUUAUAGUCAGAUUUAAUUUAAGGAACACUGAUCUCCAUUUACAUCAAUUAAUUGUAUCUAAAGCUGAUGAACAACUAUUGAUAACGUAAGACCAAAUGUAUUUCAAUAAUAUUUGUGAAAAUAAAUUAUACAUAUUUUCUAAGAAAAAUUAAUAAAAAAUUUAAAUAUUUAAUAGCUUUCAUACAUUUUAUUUUGUUUAUGUUCUUUGCUCUGUUCUUAUUAGCAUGCUUUUGCUUGUGCUUUUUGAUGAUAAACAUUUAGAGAAAUUCAGUAAUUUAUUUUACUUUUUACUUUAAAGUGUUUUCGAUUUUAUCCCUUACUGCUAUGAACAAUAUAACUGUUUUUUUUCCUAUAUGAGUUGUGAUUGUACUUUAUUAUACUUUAGCAUAUUAGAAGACAUGGGCAGUUUCUUUCUACAAUUACAUGAUUAGCCAGUAUGUAAUUGGCUGUCUUUUAACCAGUGUUAUUAUUUAUCUUGUUUAAUAGUAUUGUGAAGUUUUUGAUAACUUGAAUGUUUGUUUUGUUAAAAUUUUUAAACAUAGAAGAAAUGUAAAUGAAAGCGAAGCCUAAUAGAAAUUUAUCUUUAUCUCUUCUUGUUUCUUAUGUUAAAAUGACCACAAAGUAGGUCUAAAAUAUAAUUGUCAUUUAUCCUCAUAUUAAACAUAUUUAUUUUUCAUGAAA